AUAUUUUUUUUGAACAGGGCCUAAAAUUAAUUUGAGACGGCCCUGGCUUUCAUAUUCUCUAAACAACACAUAAAUUAUAGUAGAUCGGUUGGUUCAAGCGUAGGUGUUGGUAUAUAAUGUUAUGUUUUUGAUUCGAAAUCCGAUGAGAAGAGUACUUUACGUUGUGUCAUUGGCAACCACAAAAACUGAUUUCGAACUAUGGAAGAGACUAAGGCUUUUAGUGUCCAAAUUCCUUUUAGUUAACAAAAAAAAACUAUACAAUAAGUUAUCAAAAGAAGUGAAAGUCUGAUGGUUAUUUGGAGAGAAAUCUACUAUAUAGCAAAUGUAUUUUAACAAAACUGAUCAGAUUAGUCAAUAGGACAUAAAGUAAAAUUUAGACACAGACAGCUAAUAUGAAGAAAUGUGGAAUCAUGUUUGAGGUAGCCAUUUUCGCUAAUUAAUAACUCAAUAUGUUCCCGAAAAUAAAAUAUAUUUUCCUCACAACUCUUUCUCUUUAUAUACGCACAUGCGAAUGUCCCACAACCUGUCAUUCCUUCUAAUUGGCAACGAAGACUUUUCAUAUCCUUACAUGAACAAUGCCUCUCGCAAUCCAAGAUUUCUUCGUCCCUCUCCUCUUCUUCUCUUCCAUUGCUUCGGCAGCUACCGUCGAACAUGUUUUCCAGGUCAAAAACGUAGUGGUGAAACCGUUGUGCAAGGAGCAAAUGAUACCGACUGUUAACGGAAGUCUUCCCGGUCCAACUAUAAACGUUAGAGAAGGCGAUACUCUCGUGGUCCAUGUCAUCAACAACUCAACUUACAAUAUAACCAUCCACUGGCAUGGAGUGUUUCAGCUGAAAAGUACAUGGAUGGACGGUGCGAAUAUGAUAUCUCAAUGUCCGAUUCAACCACGUAAUAAUUUCACCUAUCGAUUUGAUAUCACCGGGCAGGAAGGUACAUUGUUAUGGCAUGCACACGUCGUUAAUCUACGUGCCACACUUCAUGGGGCUCUAAUCAUUCGUCCUAGAUCAGGUCGUCCUUAUCCUUUUCCUAAACCCUACAAGGAAGUUCCCCUCAUUUUUGGUAAACAUUCUUUUUCCCCCGUGAAUUCCGAAUGAAAUCAAGAAGCAAAAACGUUUUUUCUUCCAGAGAAUUCAUAGCUUCUUAGUAGGUCAAUUAUUUUUACGUUUAUAGUUUAAAAAUAUAAAUAAUAAGAAUUAGGAAGUAAAUUUGUAUAUGAUGAUAAUUUUUUUCUUACUCAACUUGGACUAUGGCCGAUAAACUUUGUUUUUGUACUAAAUUAUAUAAAUAAUAAAAAUAUUUGCAAGCAAACUUAUUAAUUUAAAUGUGUUAAAUAUAUGUUGUAUUUUUCAAACUGAUUUUUGGGAUGAUAUAUAAUUUAAGCGUGUCGAUCGUAAUAGUAUGACUAGGUUGGUUCGGAUUUUAUAAAGAUCAUAAUCAAAAAGACUUAUAAUAUUUGAGGAUGAAUAUAAUUUAUUUAAAGUUCGUAAAAUACUUUUUUUUUGUUUAAUUUUCCCUGAACUGAUAUCAUGGGAUAUAUAUAAUGAAUAUUGACUUAUUGAGAGUGCAAUGUCAGAAAAUUAGUUCAGUUCAAUAAACUUUAUUUUUAUGAACAAUAAUAUAACCCUUUUUUUUCUUAAGCCCUUUAAAAAAAAAAAAACUUUUUUCUUUGAACAAUCAAACAGCUUGGAUUAAGCCUUAGACAAGCAAAUCGAAGUUAGAAAUACAAAGAACUGAUUUUAGGAGAUUACAUGAACAAUUUAACCGAUUUUGCAGUAGAGUUAAAAUUCCUAGGAAUAAAAGAGAAGUACACAGAAGUAAAAGUAGGCGAUAGAGUCUCGAUAAAUAUAAAUAACAGAAAACAUAUUUAUAAGUAAAUUUAUUUGUUGUAAAUUUGUCAAAUCUAUAUUGGAAUUUUUACCAGGCUGAUACAGUUUGGAUUAAAUGUUAAUUACAAGUAUGAGUAGGUUGGUCUGGUUUUACAAUAAGAGCAUAUAAUACUUCUUUUUACGCGAAGCCAA